UAGUUAUAAAACGCUUCUUAAGAAUGUCUAGCCCAAUUGAAUGGAACGUCAUUGUCUUCGACAAACCAAACACUGACAGAACCUCUGUCAGAAAAUCUCACUUAGAAAAGAUCCCUGGCGAUGUCAACUCCGGAGUAGUUACCUCUGUUGGUGCUAUCUACCAGGAUGCUGAAAAGACCAAAUUUGCUGGCAGUUGUUUAAAUAUGUUUGCCAAGUCUAGAGAAGAUAUCUUAGAGUUCUUAAAGGGAGACCCUUAUUACAAAGCGGGUAUUUGGGACCUCGACUCGGUUAUUGCAAAUCCUUGUGGAAUCGCCGUUAGAUUGCCUAAAAUUGUUCCUGGGGUUAGUGUGAAUGAUGAUUUGUUUAAGUUGUAGUUGUGUGUAGUAAUAGACAGCAGGAGA